AAAUUAUCACAGUUAGUCAAAAUCACACAAAUAUCACAGAGCAUAGCAAGGAAGGCCAACUUCACGUAUAUAAAAUGGCGCCAUGUUUACAUUUGUUCGGACAGACAUUCUGGUGCUAGCUAGCUAACGAAUAAAAAAAAUUGUACGUAGACAGUAUAAGUGACUUCUAGCUACAUACACAAACUGCGAAACAAAAGGGCUGUACUCCUAACGUUUAAAACGAGUUGAUGCAGUGCCAGAGUGCAGAAGCAGCAGACUCUUCCCUGAGAGAUGGAAUGGAGUCUCUGGGAGUUAAGGAGGAAGAUAAGGCUGCGGUUAUGAGACAGGAUGAAGAUGAUACUAAGGGAAAAGAAGGGAUGGAUGCAACAGCUGGAACAAAUGAGGACAGAGCUGAAGAUAAAGAGAAAGAUGGUGACAAUGAUGAAGAUGCCAUGGAGGAAGAAGAGCAUGAAGAAAGAAAAGAGGAAGAUGGGACAGAGGUGGAGAGAGAUACCGAACAGGAAGAGGAGGAUUGGGAGAUUCCUUGUAGUGAUGAAGAGAUCGAAAACCCUAAAAACUGGACACCACCACCUGCUGAAAUUAAGCGACUGUAUGAAAUUUUGGCCAAAGGGGAAAUGCUGGAACUGAACUGGAUUCCUCUCCCCCGACGACCCCCUACCCCACAGCAAACCCCCUCCCCAGAGAGAGAUGAUGAUUCUGAGGAGGAGAGGGAGAGAGAAAGGGAGGAGAGAGCACGCAAAGCUCCUUCCCCCACUGAGUUUGAUUUUGAUGAUGACCAAGCUUCUGUGACACCCAAAACCAGCUACAUCCAUUGCCGCACAAAACGAGGGUCCUCCGCUCGUUCCGCGGUGCGAAGGGAGGCCAGGCUGGACAAGGUGCUGUCUGACAUGAAGAGGCACCGAAAGAUCGAGGAGCACAUCCUCAGGACAGGCCGUGACCUCUUCAAAAGCGAGAACGGGAGGGCAGCCGGAGGAGGGGAGAGGCAGGCCCUCUCUCCCAACUCCCAGAGAGAAAGGGAAAAGGAAAGGGAGAGAGACAGUGACCCCAGUACGAUCUUUUCACCCAGACAGAGGCGUUAUUGAGGCUGAGAGACAAACUGAGGGAGUCCUCAGGUCUUACUUGCCAAACCAGUGGUUUGUACUUGUAAAUAAUGUUUUAAUUAUUGAUAGUUAAAAUAAACCUUUUACUGAAA